AUGCUCUUAGCUGAGCUCAAUGCCCAUGACAUGGGCUUUGCGCUUCUAAUCUUGGCGAUUUGUUACCCUCUCUGUGUUUCAAUUUACAAUGUCUUCUUCCAUCCUCUUCGCAACUACCCAGGUCCAAAGCUCAAUGCUGUAACUCGGCUUCCCUGGAUAAUCAGCUUGUGGAAAGGAGAGAGUGCGCACUACUACAGGCGUCUCCACGAACAGUAUGGCGAGGUCGUACGCGUUAAUUCGAACGAACUGAGUUACACGAAUGCAGCGGCCUGGAAAGACAUAUAUGGCCACCGGACAGCAGGCAGAGAGUCAUUUGAGAAAGACAAAACUUUCCUCGGUUCUGACCUCGUGGGCAAGAACGGCAUCACUAGGACCCCUGGUGAUGCCAACCACGCGCGUGUCCGCAGAAUCUUCGCGCACGCAUUCUCAGACCGCGCAUUGAAGGAGCAACAAACUCUCCUCCUGGAGCACGUCAACCAGCUGGUUACAAACAUAGAGAAACUCAUCGACGCCGACGCAAAGGUUGGCAUUUCUGACCUGUACAACUUCACCACCUUCGACAUCAUCGGCGACCUCACGUUCGGUGAGCACCUCGGCCUGCUCCAGAACAACAACUACACCCCAUGGGUUUCCGCGAUCUUCGACAACGCGCGACUCAUGGUGUUCGGCCAGAUCAUACGCAUGUACCCUCGUCUCGACAAGGUCCUCCAAUACUUCAUCCCUCAGCACCUCAAAGAGCAGAGGAAAAAACAGGUCAAGUACACCGUCGAGCGAGUCAGCAAGCGGCUGGCCAAGCAAACCGACCGCCCCGACAUCUGGACCUACGUCUUGAAGCACAACAGCAAGGACGAAGAACCUCUCACGCUCCCCGAGAUGCACAGCACGGCUAGCACGCUCAUGAUCGCCGGCUCUGAAACCACGGCUACGUUGCUGAGCGGCCUUACCUAUUUGCUUCUGAAGAACCCACACACGCUCGAGAGAUUGUGCAAUGAGAUUCGCGGCGCCUUUAAGAGCACCGACGAGAUGGACAUGAACUCACUGGCGCGGUUGGAGUACCUGAACGGGUGUCUUGAGGAGGCGUUGCGUAUCUACCCGCCCGUGUCCGUUGGCAUGCCGCGCUUGGUCCCGCCACGCGGCGGAAUUGUCAACGGGAAGAUGCUUCCCGGCGGCGCCACCGUCUCGGUCAACAACCUCGCGGCCUACCACUCCCCCGCCAACUUCCACCGCCCCGACGACUUUAUCCCCGAGCGCUGGCUUCCUGAUGCCAGUCCCAGAUUCGCUGCGGAUGAGAAAGCAGUGUUGCAGCCAUUUUCGUUUGGGCCGAGGAACUGCUUGGGCAAGAACCUUGCAUACCACGAAAUGCGCCUCAUCAUGUCCAACCUGCUCUACCGCUUCGACUUUGAGGCUCUGUCUCCGGAAUCAGAGAACUGGAUGGACCAGCGCAUUUAUUUGUUCUAUGAGAAGUCGAAGUUGAUGGUUAAAAUGAAGAGACGUGUUUAGGCUCAGUCUGGUGAAUGGAGGGUUUGUUGGUUGUUGGAUAUGAUUUGGGAAAUUGCUUUUG